AUGGAUGAGCUUUAUUUAAAUACUAAAGAUGACCAAGAGCUAUUAGAAGUAUUGGCUGAUCAGGCUCAAAACCCAGAUUAUGAUUAUAUCGCAAAACUUUUUCAACAAUAUCACAGCAAAAUGUUAGGUGGUUUUAAUAGUGAAAUAAUAUUUGAACAGUUGGAAGAACUUGUUAAUAAUUAUAAUAGAUGGGAAAUGGUUAAUGCAGAUUGUAUUCAAAGAUUAGAUAUGAGUAAUGAAUUUUUAGUACCAAGCACAAAACAGGAUACUGAUAUUAUUUACACUAUAAACAGUGAAAUUGGAACGUGUAACUGCUUUGUUG